UCAUUCUCCUCCCACAAAAAAAAGUCCAUUGGCUGUUUUAGCAACUAUGUUGUGUUGGGAUGAAUAUUUCUCAUCAUCAUUUGCCCGAGUUCAUCAGGAUCAGUUUAUAGUUGGAAGGUUCAACACAGCAGACUCAAUUUACAGCUAACAAUCCUGUCAGGAUCAAAGGUGAAACCAUGAGGGUGCUGGAGGGUGUUGUAGUGUGCACCGUGGUGCUUCUACUGUCCCUAGGGAGCUGUGCUGCAGUGCAACCAGACUUGACAAUCACUACAAUAAAGCAAGAUCCAUACACCAUGUCCAAAGGCUCUCAGCUGGAAGGGUACUGCAUGGACCUGCUGUCUGAACUGGCCAAGAAACUGAGCUUCAAAUACAACGUGCACCUGGUGAAAGAUGGGUCCUAUGGCAGGCAGGAUGAGAGUGGGGCCUGGAACGGGAUGAUCGGUGAGGUGGUGAGAGGGGAGGCAGACCUGGCGAUUGCUCCUCUUACUCUUACUGCUGCCCGGGAGAAGGCUGUGGGGAUGACCAAACCCUUCAUGCAGACAGGCAUCAGUAUUCUCCUGAGGAAAGACAUCUCAGAAGAGGCUGGCUUCUUUGACUUCCUUACCCCCUUCUCAGUAGACACCUGGGUGGGUAUCCUCGCUGCGUACCUGGGGACUGCUGUCUGUUUCUGUGUAGUAGCCAGACUCAGCCCAUGCGAGUGGAGUCAACCCCAGACUGAGAAAAACAGCUUCACUCUCAGCCACAGUCUGUGGUACACCGCUGGAGCCCUCACUUUACAGGGUACCGGUCCACACCCCAAAGCUUUAUCAGGACGCAUUAUCUGCUGCACCUGGUGGUUGUUUGGUCUGGUCCUCUUGGCCUGCUAUUUCUCCAAUCUCAGCACCUCUCAGGGCUCAGACUCCAAUUCACUGAUGGUGAAAGGGUUUGAGGACCUGGCCAACCAGCAAGGGAUUGAGUAUGGGACCCUGUCUGGCUCCUCUACACUUGCCUACUUCAAGAACUCUAAUAACCCAACUUACCGCAAGAUCUAUGAGCACAUGGAAAGAACCAAGAGUUUUGUGUCGUCAAUGGAUGAGGGUGUUCGUCGGGCAAAGGAGGGCAACUUUGCCUUCAUUGGAGAGUCUGUGUCACUGGACUUGGCGGUGGCACGUCACUGUGAGCUGAUCCGUGUCCAUGAGGUCAUCGGCAUGAGAGGGUACAGCAUUGCAGGCACCCUGGGUUCUCCCGUGCUGAAGAACCUGAGCGUGGCCAUCCUGCAGCUGAGUGAGGCAGGGGAGUUGUCCUACCUGCGCAGUAAGUGGUGGGCCAGCAGCUGCAUGGCAGACCCAGCCAAGGCCUCCUCCCUGCAGCCCCACAGCCUGAAGGGCAUGUUUCUGGUGCUGGCCCUGGGCCUGGGACUGGGGGUGCUGCUGGCUUUCCUGGAGCUCACAGCCAAGUCCCGGAACGGUGCUGGGGAGCAGAGGAAAUCAUGUUGCACAGUGUUGUCUGAAGAACUGAGUCAGCGUUUCAGGGGCACCACCACCAAUGAGAAGAGAAGUGAGGAAACAGACAAAGAAAAAGCAUGAGGAGACAUGAUAGUAUACGAUACUAUAUACAGCCUGACAAAGCAAAUGUCUUCAUGCAGGUCUUGACAUGAGUCGUGGCUUGUAUACUUAUUUUCAAUACUAUCUACCACAGUGAGACGGAGUGUAUCAGAAAGGCUUCCAGACUGUUAUAUGAUAUGUUUAUUAACAGAGUGAUACAUAAACAGUGAAGUCAAUUAACAAUACUACUGAAGUACUAGGUUUAAAAAUAAUUAUAUGAUAGCAGAGCAUUUUACUGAGAAAAUCAACAUGUAUAUCUACUGUUACAAAACAUGUAAUGUGUACUGAUUUAUACAUAUUUAAGGGGAGUGCAAAAAUAGAAAUUAAACAUGAAGAUCCAAGUCAAGUCAUCUGUAAAUUAUGAAAAAUUAUCAGUUUCAAUGAGUUUACAUUUCAGUACUUUUGUUCGGAACAGAUUACUGAGAACAGAUUACUGCUAUUAAUUGUAUGAUGCAAUAAAUUUGUUUCAAAGUAGAUGAUUAAUUUACAUAUUGUAGAUACUAAGUAAACCUAACUGUUUUUGUACAAUUGGCAGCACACAUUAUGCGCAUUCCUUUCGAAACUAUAAAACCGUUAUCUACAUUUCUUUGGUUAUUAUAGAACUCAACAUAUAUAAAAAAAAGCAUUGUCAUAGAAUGAUGUUGAUGUAAAAGUUACAGCACACCUUUCAAUAAAACCAGUCUAAUAAUGAAUAUAUGUUCCAUUCUGUUUCAAUCAGAACUAUUUACCACUUGGUAAUACAUUCUAUUUACAAUACAUGCAUCUUGAUGCAAAAAUCAAAAUACACACGUCAAAAAGUAGGUGAUUACAUUAUACUAAUAAACUUGUUUGGGCUCCUGUAGUGAUCCUGCGUGUGUACCUGACAGUACAGAUCACAGUGGUACAUUUUGUACAAGCACCUAGAAUCUAGAUAUAAGCAAGGUAAUGCUAUAUGUUUAGAGUGUAUUUCAUAUUCCUAUGUUUAAUCCAAUGCUGCUCACUGCUGUGAUUCUUGUAAUGGCUGACUACUAUCAAAUGGAGUUAAUAAACACAUCAAAUAACAGUA